CGCGCCUGCCCGCGCGCGGCCCGAGAUGGCGGCGCGGGGCCGGGGCCGGGGCCGGGGCCGCCCGGGGACCCGCCGGGAGACCCGCCCGGGGACCCCCCCGGAGACCCCCCCGGAGACCCGCCCGGGGACCCCCCCGGAGACCCCCGGCCCGGCCCUCCCGGGGCGGCCGCGGCGCCGCAGACCCGCGGGGCAGGCCGGCCUGGGUUCCUCGCACGGGGCGGCUGACGGACGAGCCACAAAGAGGCUAAAACGUGAAAAAGAUAGUCUAGUAAAAUCAGAGCUAAAAGGAGUUCAACGUGGAAGUGGAAACCUUGCCUCAUUGGGGGAAGCACCUAAAGCAUCUGAUGGGGAUGGGUGUUCAGAAGAUCCAGGAGACUGCAGCAAAAUUCCAGAGAAAAAAGGCGAAAGCAUCCCAGAGCCUAAUGAAGACAGACAGGAGGAGCACAGUGCUCCUCUCGAGCCACGUGCACUGAGAUCAAGCCAUGCUCCAUCAGUAAUGGACAGUAAAGAGGAGAGCAGCUGUGAGAGCCUGCUUUCAGAGGGGCCUAGCUUGGAGGACACGGAUCUGAAGAAGCCGAGGCAGCUGGACAGCAGCGCUUUCUUGGAUGAAGACAGCAACCAGCCCAUGCCAGUGGCCCGGUUCUUCGGGGAUGUCGAGCUGCUCCGGGAUCUCCCGGCAGUUGCUCUCCCAAGCACAGCCACGAGCAGGAGAGAGUUCAGGAAGCUACAUUUCAUUGCAAAGGAAGAUGAAGAGGAGGAGGAAGAGGAUGUUGCCUAACAACAAACUGGAGAGAGGAACUGGGAGAGUUUGUUUUUCUGGAACUGGCAGACACAGCAUUCUCCCAUGGUUAUGUGAGGCAAAGAUUGACUGAAUUUACAGUGAUUUGGAAACAAACUCUAAUUUAUCAUGUUACCAUUAAUAUUUUGGGAGGGGGGGGAGAAGGAAAAUAGAAUUUCUUACUCCUUUUCUAUAAUUUAAGCCCUUAUCUAGCUGAACUCACUGGUCUCACUCGCUUAUUAAAAAUAGCCAAGCUGAGUAUGGUAAAACAGUCCUUUUAUUGGUUGUCAGUGCUCUGAACAACCACCACAUGAAGCUCCAUCAGGCCAGCCCUAACCCUUCUGUAAUGCAGCUUGUGCAGGGUUUUCAGUUGGCUUGCAUGGGUUAUGAACAGGAAUUUUGUAAACAAAUGCAUUGGUGGUGAUAAAGGUGGUGAUAAAGGCUUUCUCAGUGUUGAACUUGAUCAGUGGAUGAACGAGCAUUGACUGAUCAGGGUCAGUCCACCAAAGGUAUUAUUUUGGCCUUUUUUAGAAAGCAAAGAGCAACCUCAGGUGAGAUCACGAGCUGUUGACUCACCCAAUAUUUAUGAUAAUACUUCUUUGAAAGUGUGAUUAUGCACUAAGCUUCUAGAUCUUUAUUGUUACAAAUAUUUUCUUCUACAUUCCUAAAAAUACAGAGAAAAUGUUAUUAGCAGAUGGUUUAAAUACAUAUUAAUUUCUACAGCUAUAGCUUGUUAAAACAUUCAAAAGUUGUAAGCCAAACAAAUUGUAUAUGCAUGACAUGUUAAUUUAUUCACAUUUCCACUCCAACUGAUGCAUUGUUUCUGUCAACGAUUAUUUCUUGGCUCCUUUUCACUCUAAUUCUGUAAUACAUAAAAAUCUAUUUUUGAACAGCACAUUCAUGGCUCUCAGCACAACUCCAUCUUGAAGCAGCUCUCCCUACUCUCCCUAAAUCCUGUGUUUGCUACUCCCUCUUUCUAGAAAAUACAUCUUCACACACACAGACACUCAUUUUAGUUCUAGCACUGUGCUAAAUGGUGAUUUUUUUCAGCCUGCAGGAAGCAUGCCACACAGAUGGCAUGGUGUUUGUCAUCAGAAUCUCAGCUGUGAUGCCUCCCCCAUGGUCAGAACAGCACAGUGUGCACCCCCAUCUUGUUACCAGCAACGGAUACUCAGUAAGGCCACCUGGAAGGAUGGAUUCAGUGCACUAGUAUUAAAAAUCCUGUCUUCUUCUUAUGUUGAAAUGUUUGGGAGGGGAAUUUAAUUUGUUGUUUAAAGAAAUUAAACUGUCUAGCAAAGCC